AGUUCGCAGUUCGUGUCGGGAACAUUUCUGGAGUUCUGACUUUAUUAAAUGGCUCAGUGUCGUUAACGCCAGUAACGUCAAGCCCUCUCUCUGCUGGACCCGGUACCGAGAAAGAAUGAAUCCGGCUCGUCGCUGUUCGGCUUUAUUCGGCCAGCUGCGUGUGUCGUCGCGCUGCGGACGGAGCGCCAGGAGGCCGUUUUCACCGGCACCAGGUCCAGGUCCAGGCCCGGCGGGAACACGGUGCUGUCACCCCGGAGGAGGAGGAGGAGGAGGAGGAGGAGGCAGAGGGACCAGCUGCCACCAGAUGAAGCCGAGUGGAGCAGCCAGCCCUGCGACAGCACCAGUUUGUCCAAUGGGCGGCAGCAGCAGCAGCAGCAGCAGCAGCAGCAGCAGCAGGCUGUUCGGUACUUUGGCCCAGUCUCUGAACAGCGCUCCCUUGGCCCAACCAGACCCAUACUCUGAGGAGAGCCCAGACCAGGACUUGGACCACGAGGUGGACCCAGACCAGCUGCUCAGAGAGUGCGAGGAGGCCCUGCAGAGGCGUCCAGCCCGGCCUCACCGGGAUCUGGUCUAUCCUAGCGGGACGGUGCCAUGCCACCAUCAGCACAACCCCUCCAUACGGGUCAUGCAGUGGAAUAUACUCGCACAAGCUCUCGGUGAGGGGAAGGAUGGAUUCAUUCGCUGUCCACUGGAGGCCCUUAACUGGGAGGAACGGAAGUACCUGAUCCUGGAGGAGAUCCUCACCUACCGCCCCGACAUCCUGUGUCUGCAGGAGGUGGACCACUACUAUGACACUUUCCUCCCAAUCAUGAGCAGCCUGGGUUACCAGGGCAGCUUCCUGGCCAAACCCUGGUCCCCCUGUCUGGAUGUCGAGCAGAACAACGGCCCUGACGGCUGCGCUCUGUUUUACCGCCGCUCACGCUUCUCUCUCCAGGACACGGCUCACCUACGGCUGUCGGCCAUGAUGCUGCCCACCAACCAGGUAGCAAUCGUCCAAACACUGAACUGCCGGGUCACGGGCCGGUGGCUGUGCGUGGCCGUCACCCAUCUGAAAGCUCGUAGCGGCUGGGAGAGGCUGCGGAGCGCGCAGGGUGCCGACCUGCUGCAGAGCCUACGGAGCAUCACGGCACGAGGCAGCAGCCAGAGCGAGGCGGCGUCAGGUUCGGUUCCUUUAGUCGUGUGUGGGGACUUUAACGCUGAGCCCACUGAGGACGUUUACCGACGCUUCCGCUCCUCCCCCCUUGGCCUCAAUUCUGCAUACAAGCUGUUGAGCUCUGACGGACAGACAGAGCCGGCCUACACCACCUGGAAGAUCCGCCCCUCUGGAGAGAGCUGCAGCACGCUGGACUACAUCUGGUAUACCCACGAGGCUUUAAGUGUGGAGAGCCUGCUGGACAUCCCCACUGAGGAGCAGAUCGGCCCAGACCGCCUCCCCUCCUACCACUACCCCUCUGACCAUUUAUCACUGCUCUGUGACAUCAACUUCAGGGAGGAGCCCCACAGGCUGAUCUAGGCAGCAACCACCGAGGCGCUGGACCAACAGGAGAACGAGUGAGCAGACGGAGUUUCCACAAACAAUGAUGAAUCCAUCAGUGUGUCAGCACAUAGUGUUUUGACAUUUUUGGUAGCUGAGGAAGUGACGCUUGAAAAGAGCAGAAAACAGAUAUCGUUGAGGAGCAGCAGACUCAGCUGCACAGAGCACCGUCUGGUCUCAUGUGUUGGCUCUCAUGCAUGUAUGUGGAUCUUCUCAUCACAAUCUGAAGAAAUGAUCUAAUGUGCAGUCAUGAGACACACGAACCCAAACAGACACGCCACAUCGUAUACUGUUGCUGACAUUUUAACCCUGAGGAACCUUCAAAGAAGUGACAUUAGACACAUCUCUUCUGCUGUAACCAUGACUUGGUUUUGCCGAGCGGCUGGGAUUCGAUCUCACUGUGGGUUGUAGAGGUUUGGAGUCAAACCUGAGACUCCACAGUCUUCAGUGAUUUUGAGCUGUUAAACUAUAAACUUAGUUUCUUUAAGUGAACUUCAGUUAAAAGGGCAGCUAAGAGCUACAUAUGCUGAAGUUUGAACACUGGAAACCAACUGCAGUCAUUGAUUAGUAGGACUGUUAUCUCUCAUUGUAUGAAACUGUUUUUUUUCUGCUCUCUAUGAGCUGCUGAUGCAAAUAGGCCUUUCCCAUAGUGCUUCUAAAUUAUUUUACAUUGAGGUAUCAAUCUCAGUUUUAGGUUGGUAAUCUAUGGGUGUUGUUGCAAAUGAAUACAUUAAACAUGAGAAGUGUUAUCAAUAUAUAUAAUACCAAUAAUAUAUAAAUGGUAAUAAAGGAUUAUUUUUACUCUU